CUUAAAACUUAUUAACCAUUUUCAGCCGUCGGGAGUUCGGGAUGUCUAAUCUUUGCAUUCCAACUGUAGAUCUCUCUCCCUUCCAUAACGAAGGAGAUGAAGAUGGCAAGAAUGCGGUCAAACAGAUAAUUGGUGAAGCAUGCUCUGAGUAUGGAUUCUUCCAGGUCGUGAACCACUGUGUGCCUCUCAAUCUGAUGAACCGGGUCCUUGAGCUUUCUAGGAUGUUUUUCGAGUACCCAAAAGAGGAGAAGCUUAAGUAUGGUCCUGGUCCUGGGUCUGGAGUUCCUCUUCCGGCCGGUUACAACCGUCAACCAGAGCACUCAGCCGACAAGAAUGAAUACCUAUUGAUGUUCCCUCCUGGAUCAGGUUUCAACGUCUAUCCUAAUGAUCCACCCGAGUUCAGGGAAGUAUUGGAAGAGAUAUUCUCCCACUUCGCCAAGAUGGGAUUGCUUCUGGAGAGCAUAUUGAACGAGUGCUUGGGUCUCCCUCCUAAUUUUCUGAAGGAAUACAACCAUGACAGGAGCUGUGAUUUCAUGGUGGCGUUACGCUAUUUCCCUGCAACAGAGACUGAGAACAAUGGGUUAAGCGAACAUGAAGAUGGGAACUGCAUCACCUUUCUUUUCCAGGACAACGUUGGUGGGCUGGAGGUCCUCAAGGAUGGAAAAUGGAUUCCAGUGCCUCCGACUGAGGGUACUAUCGUUGUCAAUGUAGGAGACGUUAUUCAGGUACUGAGCAAUAACAAGUUUAAGAGCUCAACUCACAGAGUGGUCAGGCAACAAGAAAGUCGUCACUCGUUGGCCUUCUUCUACAACUUGGUGGAAAACAAAUGGGUUGAACCGUUGCCCCAAUUCACCAAGGAGAUUGGACAGCCACCCAGGUACAAAGGGUUCUUGUUCAAGGAAUACCAACAGUUGCGGAUGAGGAACAAAACCCACCCACCUUCAAGGCCUGAAGAUGUGAUCCACAUAACUCACUAUGCUAUUUCUACUCAAGGAAGAGAAAAUAAUGUUAAAUAAAGCACCUACUUUCCUUCUGGUGCCUAUUUCUCUCUCAAAGUGAGUUCCUAUGUUCAAUAACGAUGAGCUCUGUUGGCUCUGGCUUUUUUCUGCAAUAACUUGGAUAUAUGUAUCAGUUACAUAUGAAUCAUAUUGAACUUAUGUUGAAAUCUAA